UGGUUGGUUUGUUUAUAAACUUUCGAUUACCUACUUUAGUUGUUUUCAUUAAGUGAAUGUGAAUAGAAAGCUUGUGAUGCAUUGAUUAUAAGUUAUUCCAAAUGCAGCAUCUGUAUUAGAUUUUAUAUUGCACCAAAAUGGAAACGACACCAUUGUUAACAAGACAUAAAAAAUCAUUAUGGUCAAGAUUGAAAUUUUCAAAAUUUCGCAAGAAGGAAUUAAGUUCCAGAGUUAUUUAUGUAGGACAAUUGCCUGAUGAGCAAUUUCCGCCCAAUUACGUUUGCAAUCAAAAAUACAACAUCAUCACAUUCCUCCCGCUGGUUCUAUUUGAACAGUUCAGAUUCUUCUUGAACAUGUACUUUCUAGUGAUGGCAUGUAGCCAGUUCAUACCCAGCAUCCGUAUUGGCUAUUUAUACACAUACUGGGGACCAUUAAGUUUUGUACUUGCGGUCACACUGUUCAGAGAGGCGGUAGAUGAUUUUAGAAGAUAUAGACGUGACAGAGAAGUGAAUCGGCAACGUUACGACCGCAUUGUUCUAGAUUCCUCCAUUGAUGGGUACCGUCCGUUUGCUAUGGAGCAUGUACCAGCUUCGGCCCUCAGGGUUGGUGAUAUAGUAAUGCUGCAUAAAGGUCAAAGGGUGCCAGCAGACAUGAUACUGUUGAGGACGAAUGAGACUAUGGGGACUGUGUUCAUUAGAACAGAUCAAUUAGAUGGUGAAAUUGAUUGGAAAUUAAGAAUACCACUGCCUUCGACGCAAAAACUUCCCACCGACGCGCAUUUACUUGAUAUAAACGCCCAGAUCUUCAUUGAAAAGCCUGAGAAAGACAUACACUCAUUUAUAGGGACGUGUACACGUCUUGACGAAGAGGAGAGUGACUCGCUUGAUAUAGAAAAUACUCUAUGGAGCGGGUGCGUGGUUGCAUCGGGGCAGGCAACAGGAUUAGUUAUAUAUACAGGUAGCGAAACACGUAGUGUAAUGAACAAUGCAACACCUCGCUCAAAAGUCGGUCGACUAGACCUACAGGUCAACAACCUGACGAAGGUUCUAUUUGUAGCUACUAUAUUCACGUCCUUCCUGCUGAUUGUGCUGAAAGGCUUUAAUGGACCCUGGUAUGGGUUCCUCUUCAGAUUUGUACUACUCUUCUCAUACAUUAUACCGAUUAGUUUAAGAGUGAAUCUAGAAGUAGGCAAAGCAUUUUACUCAUGGACAAUACAAAGGGAUAAGAAAAUCGAGGGCACUGUAAUGAGAUCGACCACUAUCCCGGAGGAACUCGGGCGGAUACAAUACUUACUGGCCGACAAAACAGGCACACUGACAAAGAAUGAAAUGGUUUUCCAGAAAUUACAUUUGGGAAAUGCACUGUUCGAUAGUAAUAAUUUUCAUGAGGUGGAAUCGCUACUAACUCAAUACGUGACCAAAGAUUCGUCAUCCCUGCCGAUGUCCCCGUCGACCCCGGGAUGGCCCGGAGUGGUGACCGGGCCCGGCCCCUCCGGCGGGGGCGAGUCCCCGCGGGGGCCGCCGUCUCCGCGGCAGGUGUGGCAGGCCGUGCUCGCUAUAGCACUCUGUCACAACGUCACGCCUGUCUACGAUAUAGGGGAUCAGCAGGCCGAUGAAGCAUCAUCCGACAUGGGCAGCUCCGUGAUGUCUGAGAGCUGCGGGGGCGCUGUGCCGCAGCAGCAGCUGUGUGACUACCAGGCCGCCAGCCCCGACGAGGUGGCGCUCGUCAAGUGGACCGACAUGAUGGGCGUCUCACUGUACAGAAGGGAUCUACACAACAUAUCGUUGAAACUGAGAGCAGCAAACGAAAUAAUGCAGUUCAGUAUUCUACAGAUAUUUCCAUUCACUAGUGAGAGCAAGAUGAUGGGUAUCAUUGUACAGGAGGAAAACACGGACCAGAUAACGUACUACGUGAAGGGCGCGGACGUGGGGCUGGCGCCGCUGGUGCGGGGCGCGUGCGGGUGGCUGGCGCCCGAGUGCGGCCGCCUCGCCGCCGACGGCCUGCGGACCCUGGUCGUCGCCUACAAGACCCUCACCAACAACCAAUAUUUGGAGUUUGAGAGCGAAUAUAAGGAGGCGCGACUGAGCGUGACAAAUCGCAGCGAGCGUACGUCGGCGGCGGUGGCGCGGCUGCAGCGCGGCCUGUCGCUGCUGGCUCUCACGGGCGUCGAGGACCGGCUGGCGGACGAAGUACCGGCCACGCUCGGUAUGCUGCGCAGAGCCGGCGUCAAGGUCUGGAUGCUGACGGGCGAUAAACUGGAGACGGCGCAGUGUAUCGCGUGCUCCCUGCAGCUGGGCGGCGGUGCAGGCGGCUGGGUGCCGGCAGCUCGCUGCUCCUCACGUCGCGAUGUACUGCGGUUGCUACACAUGCUGGAGGCGCGCGACCCUGACCAGACCAACCUCAUCAUUGAGGGCGAAACGCUCGAGGUGUGUCUGCGCACGUACGAGAAGGAAUUCGUGAAGGUGCUGGAGCAGUGUAGUGGCGUGGUAGUAGCGCGGUGCUCGCCCACGCAGAAGGCGGCAGUAGCGCGACUACUACGUGCGCGUGGGCACGUGGUUGCCGCCGUUGGCGACGGUGGAAACGACGUUGCCAUGAUUCAGGAGGCCGAUAUGGGCGUGGGGAUAGAGGGCGCGGAGGGCCGGUCCGCGUCGCUGGCGGGGGACGUGAGCGUGCGUCAGUUCCAGUGGCUGGCGCGGCUGUUGCUGGUGCACGGCCGCCGCGCAUUCACGCGCUCCGCAGCGCUGUGCCUGUUCAUAGUGCACCGCGGCCUCAUCGUCUCCACCAUGCAGGCCGUGUUCUCUGUGGUGUUCUACUUCUCGUCAGUUUCGCUGUACCCCGGGUUCUUGAUGGUGGGAUACGGCACCGUCUACACUAUGCUACCUGUUUUCUCUUUGGUACUGGAUAAAGAUAUAUCAAGUUUAACGGCGCUCAGGUAUCCGCAGCUAUACAAACAACUCACAAAAGGAAGGCAGCUCUCAUACAAGACGUUUUAUAUUUGGACUGGAAUAUCUAUAUAUCAAGGUGGUGUAAUAAUGUAUGGUGCGUUAGUACUAUUCGAGGAUCAGCUUAUUCACAUAGUUGAAAUAAGUUACACAGCGCUGAUAUUGACGGAGCUGAUCAUGGUAGCGCUAACGAUAGUCACUUGGCACCGGCUGAUGGCUGCCGCCGAGCUGGUCAGCCUACUCAUGUACACUGCCACUCUGCUCAUUUUCACUUCUUAUUUCGACGCUGACUUCAUAAGACACUGGGACUUCUGGUGGAAGGUAACUGUCAUCACAUUGGUCUCGUGUUUACCACUGUAUAUAGUUAAGUACAUGCACAGAAAAUGGAGCGCUAGACAGUACAAAAAUAUAAAACCAUGAUGUGUAACAUCAAACAAUGUAGGUUAAUAUUCAAAUGUGAUUCAAAUUUCGUGUCUCGAGAUACAUAUGCCUUUAUAGCACUAUGUUGAUAUUAUUAUUGUCUGAGUAUUGUUUUGUAUAAGUUAUUGUUAUUAUAUAUAUUAACGUCCAGAGAAUAAAUAUUAUUUAGUAUAAUAAAUAGAUGGAGAAUUGAAACUAAUCAGACAGCGAAAUGAAGUCAUAGAACUAUUAUUAAAUAUAUUACUCAUUUUUAUUGCGUUGGGCUAAGGAGUACUUUUCAACUGUGUAUGAUCACAUAAUAUUUAUUAUUUUAUAUAUUAAAUAAGGCUACAUGAAUUUACACCUUAUCACUAGUUUUAAAACGAAUCGUCACAAUAUUUAUUAAUAAUAAGCUUAUUUUAUUUGUAUCUAUCACAAUUCUCCUUUUAAUUACUUCUCGUUUUUGUGGUGAAUAGGAAGAUUCCGUGCAAUCAUUAGGGUACAAAGAAAGUAAUAGCAACUUGCAGGAAGUUAAUUGUUUAAUAAUAUACGAGUAUCAUCGAAAUUAGGGUUUACAGCUAAAACAAUGCCGAAUUGUAAACUUAAAUUUUAGUUUUAAACUAUACCGA